GACUUGGCUUUCCAACGCCGUUUUCUGAAUAUUCCCGAAUAACUCUUCUCUUUCUGAUUGGUACAAGAACAUACCUACUUGGUUCUGUCAGACAGAGAACAAGCCAUGGCUAUGUAAUGGCCUGCUCUAUCAUCGUGACGUCAGGCCCUGUCUCCAUUCACCUGUACACAACCAGGCACUUUCAGAGACCCAAGUAUAUAAGCAAACCAAUAUCCUUCCUAUAUUCAUAAAACAACAAUAGUAACCACACCCCUAGAUAUUGAAUACCCCUCCAGCAAAAUGUCCAACACCGAAUCCAACACCGAAUCUAACAUCCCCACCGACUCCAACAACGUCCCAGGCUGCCCACUAUCCACGAAAAGCCAUGUCCUCGAGACAGGAGCCAGCAUGGCCCAGGACUUCACCCCCGUCAAGCAGAUCUGCGCACACCUGAACGCGUUCCACGUCUACGCAGACGAUCCGACGCGGUGCGUCGAGGCGAAUCAUUACUGCGCGCAUGUUACGGAAGACGUCCGCCAAUGCCUCCUCUACGACACGCCCCACCCCAACGCCAAACUCCUCGGCAUCGAAUACAUGAUCACGCCACGCCUCUUCCGGACGCUGCCCCCUGAGGAGCGCGCGCUCUGGCACACGCACGAGUACGAAGUCAAAAGCGGGAUGCUGGUCAUGCCGCUGCCGAGUACGGCGCCGGUGCCCAGCGCAGCGUGGGACGCGGCCGAGACCGCGGAGAUGAGAGACGUUGCGCCGCUGUAUGGCAAGACGUAUCACUUUUGGCAGGUCGAUCGGGGCGAUCCGGUGCCGUUGGGGGCGCCGAAGCUGAUGGGAAGUUUUGUGUCGGAUGAGGCGGUUAAGGGGGCUUGUGGGGAGGGGGGAUUGGGGGUGUUGUGUGAGGAGAGGGAUCGGAGGUUUGGGGUUGAUUUUAGGGAGAAGAGGGAGUUGAGGAAGGGGAUUGAGAGGGUGGAGAGGGAUCCGGAUGCCGAUGCGAUGUGGAAUCAGAAAGGCAGGUAA